AUUUCUGUCACAAAUGGCAACAACCUUAGCUUCCGGGUAGGAGUUUUCGAAGAACACAAGCUAGCCAGCUAGCCUUUUCAUAUUUUAGCUCAGGGAAUCACAAUAAAAUUUGCUGCGAAUCGCUAGCAGGCUAGCCUGUUAAUCCAUUCAACGAUGUCAGCGAACUCCAAACGAAGACGAGCCACCUCUCCCUGCAGCAGUGUGAGCGGGGGAGACCACGACGAUACCUCCUCUUCCACUCCUGGAAGUGGAAGAAAAAGAAGAAAGGUAUCUAAUGUCCCUCCAGUUGAUACGAUUGCUGUUUGCCACGAACUGUUUAAUGCUGUCAAAGAUUUCAAAGACGAUCAAGGGAGGCAACUUUGUGAAGUUUUCCUUCGGGUUCCGAAGAGGAGGAACCAGCCUGAUUAUUAUGAUGUGGUCUCCCAGCCGAUUGACAUGACAAAAAUCCAGUCCAAGCUGAAGUCAGAAGAAUACACUGAUGUGCAGCAGCUUACUGCAGAUUUUCAGCUCAUGUUUAAUAAUGCUCGAUCCUUCUACAAGAGUGACGGCGAGGAGUAUCAUGCUGCACGAAAGCUGUGGGAAGUUUAUCUGCAAACAAGGAACGAGUUUGUGCAGCCCGGAGAGGGAGACGAGGAAGACGAAGACGGUGAUGAUGGGAUGGAUAAUCCAGGAACUGAAUACGAGACAUCAGCUAGCAGUCUGAAAGAAGUGCUGGAACAACUCUUGGAGGCUAUCGUAUCACACACCGACCCCUCAGGGCGACUCGUCAGCGAACUCUUCCAGAAACUGCCAUCCAAAGUGCAUUACCCAGACUACUACGCCAUUAUUAAGGAGCCAAUUGACCUGAGAUCGAUUGCUCACCGGAUACAGUCUGGAUUCUAUAAAACUGUUACUGCUAUGGCCAAGGACAUCGACCUGAUGACCAAAAAUGCCAAAACAUACAACGAACCAGGAUCUCAGGUUUUUAAGGAUGCUAACAGCAUAAAGAAAGUUUUCAUCCAACGAAAAACCGAGCUGGAACACGCCGAGCCGACUAAAUCUAGCCUUCGUAUCAGAAAUCGGCGAUCCGGACAGGAUCGGAUUUCUGGUGUCGGUGUCGCUGCUCAGUACGGUUCAGAGAGCGAGGAUGACCCUGUGCUUUCAGGGUCUGUUUGCUAUGACGAGGGAGAGUCGGAGGCUGAGAGCCAGAGUUCAAGCAUGGAGAUGAGCAACCCAAUCUUCCAGCUGUAUGAAGCCGUGAGGGGUGCCAGAAACAGCCAGGGACAAGUCUUCUCUGAACCUUUUCAGCAGCUGCCAUCUCGCCGAGAGUAUCCUGAUUACUAUCAGCAGAUCAAACAGCCCAUUUCCCUGACACAAAUCAGGGCAAGGAUGAAGAGCGGCGAGUAUGAAACCGUGGAGCAGAUGGAGGCGGACCUAUCAAUGAUGUUUGAGAAUGCAAAGCGCUACAACAUGCCCAACUCCAGCAUCUACAAACGGGCCUUCAGGUUGCAGCAGAUAAUGCAGGUGAAGAAGAGGGAGCUUCUGAGGAGGGACGAAGACGAUGGAGACAGCAUUUUGUCGUCCGAUGCGGGGAGUGUCAAGAAGAAAAGCCACAAGAAAAACGUAAAAAAGAAUCGAAUGAAAGCGCUCUUUGCUGCCGUGACUGAUGCCAGGGAGGUGGGGUCCAGUCGGCGUCUCUGUGAUCUUUUCAUGGUGAAGCCAUCCAAGAAGGACUACCCCGACUAUUAUAACGUCAUCCUGGAGCCGAUGGACCUUAAAACUAUUGAGUACAACAUUCGUAACGAACGCUACGCUACAGAAGAGGCGCUCAUGGACGACAUGAAGCGGAUGUUCCGAAAUGCCCGGCAUUACAACGAGGAGGGGUCUCAGGUUUAUAAUGACGCAGAUGUUUUGGAGAAGAUUUUAAAAGACAAGCGUAAGGAGUUGGGACCUCCACCGGAGGAGGAGGACGUGGGAUCACCAAAACCGAAAAUCCGAAAAAGUGGCGUUUCUCCAAAGAAGUCCAAAUACCUAACUCCUCUCCAGCAGAAGUUAAACGAGCUCUACGAUGCCGUGCGAAACUUCACCGACAGCCGAGGUCGGCGCUUGAGCACGAUCUUUCUCCGUCUGCCCUCUCGCGCCGAGCUGCCCGACUACUACGCCACCAUCAAGCGACCAAUCGAAAUGGAUCGCGUGCGAAGCCAUUUGGCGGCAGGCCGGUACCAAGACGUGGACGCUUUGGUGGAGGACUUUGCCCUCAUGUUCCACAAUGCCUGCGUCUACAACGAGCCUGAGUCUCUGAUCUAUCGGGAUGCUCUGGUGUUACACCGAGUGCUGCUGGAGACACGGAAGCAGCAGGAGCGAGGAGAGGAUUCGGGUCCUCCCGCUGUGGGACUCCUGGUGCGAGAGCUCAUCAGGAAUCUGUUUGUGUCCAUGAUGGGUCACCAGGACGAGGAGGGUCGCUGCUACAGUGACUCGCUGGCUGAAGUCCCAGCUGUGGAUCCAGCUGCCCCCGAAAAGCCGCCUCUCAACUUCGAUAUAAUCAGGAUGAACGUGGAGCGAGGACGCUACAGGAGACUGGACGUCUUCCAGGAGCACGUGUUUGAGAUGCUGGAGAAAGCAAGAAGGCUGCACCGGACCGACUCCGAGGUGUUUGACGAUGCUGUGGAGCUUCAGCAGUUUUUCAUCAAGAUCAGAGACGAGCUUUGUAAGAACGGAGAGAUUUUGCUCUCCUCCGCGCUCAACUACACCGUCAAGCACCUGCACAGCGACGUGGAUCAGGAGAAGAGGGAGAAAAUUCCCAGAGAGAUCGAGGAGGAUAAGAAGAAUUUAGAGGAGGAGAAGAAAGAAGAGAAGAAAGCAGAGGAGUUGCCAGAAGAGGAGUGUCAGCCUGAGUCUGAGUCUCAGCGUGUCUACGUGCAGGUCUGCAGCUUUGAAAACGUCACCUACCACAUAGGAGACUUCGUUUAUGUGGAGCCGUCGGAGCCCAACCUGAAGCCUCACAUUGUUUGUAUCGAGCGUCUGUGGGAGAACGAAGCGGGUGAGAAGUGGCUCUAUGGCUGCUGGUUCUACAGGCCCAGUGAAACUUUUCACCUGGCCACUCGCAAGUUUCUGGAGAAGGAGGUGUUCAAGAGCGACUACUACAACAAAGUGUCCUUCAGUAAAGUUCUGGGCAGAUGUGUUGUGGUUUUUGUGAAGGAUUAUUUCAGAAUGCAGCCUGAAGGUUUUAAAGCCGAGGACGUGUUCAUGUGCGAGUCACGCUACACGGCCAGAAAUAAGAUCUUCAAGAAGAUCAAGAUCUGGGCCAUGCCUGAGAGUUCAGCGCAGAUGGUUCCGCGAGAGGUUCCCCUUCCAGUGGUCCGUGUUGCUUCCAUGUUUGCCAAACCGGACCUGGAAAAGUUGAUGCUUUCAUUCUCGGAUGGUGGCAGUUUUGUGGACAAGGAGAAGGAAGACGUCCCGAUGGAGACGAGCGGGUCAGAACCUGGCUGCCAGCACUAUGAACAGCUGCGCUUCAACAGCUCCUGGUUUAAAGUGGGCGACUUCGUUUACAUCCGGUCCCACGGCCUGUCCAAACCUCGGGUUGCCAGGAUGGAGAAGCUGUGGGUCCAGAAUGGAGCCACCUUCUUCUUUGGACCCAUUUUCAUUCACCCUGAAGAAACGGAGCACGAACCCACAAAGAUGUUCUACAAGAAAGAAGUGUUUCUGAGUCAGCUGGAGGAGACCUUGCCCCUGACCUGUGUCAUAGGCAAAUGUGUGGUCUCCUCUUUUAAGGACUACCUGUCCUGCAGACCAACCGAGUUUUCUGAGGAUGACGUCCUGCUGUGUGAGAGUCGUUACAUCGAAGCCGAGAAGCAAAUGAAAAAGUUCAAGGGCCUGAAACGCUUCUCGUAUUCCUCCAAAGUGGUGGAAGAUGAGAUCUAUUACUUCAGGAAAUUAAUUGUGCCGCAAAAGGAGGCGUCACCCAUUUUGGACAAGAAGAUAGACGAGCUCGAGGUUAAGCUGGCAGACCUGGAGGAUGGCGAUGAUGACAUGGAAGAAAUGGAGGAUGACGAGGAAGCUCCAUCCACACCUUCUUUGCCUCAGGUGCAAACUCCUCUCUCCAACGACAUGGACGCGAUGUCCUACACGCCUUCUCAGUCCACCCCUAAGAUGAAGGGUUUAGCUAAGAAGGAAGGAGCCAAGCGGAAGAUCAACAUGAGCGGGUAUAUCCUGUUCAGCAGCGAGAUGCGAGCUGUCAUCAAAGCUCGACACCCCGACUUCUCCUUUGGGGAGCUGAGUCGACUCGUAGGAACGGAGUGGAGAAACCUCGAGGCUUCCAAAAAAGCGGAUUACGAAGAGCGCGCAGCCCGAAUAGUGGAACAGUCGGAGCGCGAGAGGCCGUUCUUCAAGCACGGUUCCCCCAGAGCAGGUACCCCCGUAGGGGCGCUGAUGGGGGUGGUGCCUUUGCCUAGCACUAUGGGAAUGAUAAACCACACACCUGUGUCAGGCAUGAUGGGAGCUUACGGCCCACCUUACAUGCCCAUGCAGGGCCCUCAUGAGGGUUUGCUGAGCGUGGCACCAAUGCCACCUCACUCUGGGGGGGUUCCUCACCUGCCUCCUCACCAUCUCCAGCAAGGUAUGCCCGGAUACCCUGGCAUGCCCCAUCAGGGUAUGAUGGGCGCUGGUGCAAAUGGGAUGGCAGGAAGUCCUGGACAAGGAAAUUUUAUGCAACAGCCUGGGGUGUUUAGUCCAGGACAGCACGCUCCUCCACCAUAUCCCGGACAGGGCCAGCCAUCUCAUCUGCAGCCCACCACUCCCAUGUUUGUUGGACCACCACCAAAGACCCAGAGGGUGCUCCACUCAGAAGCCUACCUGAAGUACAUUGAGGGCUUAAAUUCAGAAUCAAGCACUGUCAGCAAGUGGGACCAAAUGCUAAAAGCUCAAAGACGAGAUGCUCACUUUACCAAAGAGCAGGAGAGUCGCCUUCCAGCACACUGGUUGAAGAGCAAAGGAGCUCACACAACAAUGGUGGAUGCGUUGUGGCGUUUACGGGACUUGAUGCUGAGAGACUCACUGAAUAUUUGUCAGGCUUACAACCUGUAACCUUCCAAACAGAACCACUAACCUCAGUAACUACUCUUAUCCUCAGUUUGUGGAGUUUUCAAAUGGUAGAAAGCAAUAUUUUAUAGUGGGUCACAACCAUUUUAUAUUUAUUAGCUAAAAAAGUGAACUUGAUAGUGAUUUGUGUGCAUUUUUAUACCGUCUUAAAUCAUAGUUCUGCUAAAACCUGUGAUUUUAUUUUAUUGUCUUAUUGAUGCAACCAGAAUAAAAAGCUGCAAACCUCA